AUGGCGGACGAUGGCAUGCUUCUCAACUUUGAGCUGCCCAGCGAUACAUUCACAGCUCCGAAGCCGACAUUCCGAGGCGGCAGCUGGAAGGACCGUCUGACUGCCAGAAAAUCUGCGGAAUACGGACGCAACAAAGCUGCGGAGAGGGCAAAUGCGAAUGGAGCGGAUCGAGAUGCAACCCAGGAGGCGCGUCCAGCAAAACGAGCAAAGACUGGAGAGAGUGGGCCUGUGAAAGGGCAACCUGGAGAUUUCGUCUCAUCUUUGUUCACAUUCAAUCCCACUUCCACAACACCCAAGGAGCCGGAAGUCGUCGAGGAUGACACUCCUGUUGAGGCAUCAAAUGCGCCGUUGAAUGACGAGCUGGCCAAAUUCACAUCUCUUGGGCUGUCGAGCGCGCUGGUGGCACAUCUUCUCAAGAAACUUGAGAUCAAAGCACCGACAGCCAUCCAACGGAAAGCGGUGAAGCAGCWAUGUGAGAACGACACGGAUGCCUUCAUUCAAGCUCAAACUGGAUCGGGAAAAACUCUGGCAUAUCUUCUACCGAUCGUAGAGCGUAUCAUGGCCAUCUCCAAGGAAAUGAAGGACUCGGGCGAGAACUUCACCCGUAACAGCGGACUUUUUGCCUUGAUACUUGCGCCGACGCGAGAAUUGAGCAAGCAGAUCAGCGAUGUGCUGGAAACUGUCCUUGCUUGUUGUCAUUGGAUUGUUUCGGGUACGGUCAUUGGUGGAGRGCAGAAGCAGAGAGAAAAGGCGCGGUUACGAAAGGGUGUUAAUAUUUUGGUUGCGACGCCCGGACGACUCACGGAUCAUCUCAACAAUACUGAAGUCUUGGAUGUGAGUAAUGUGAGAUGGCUGGUUUUGGAUGAAGGAGAUCGAUUGAUGGAGCUGGGUUUCGAGCAAGACAUUCAGAAGAUCAUCAGUGUGCUGAACUUGAGGUCCCGAAAGACACAACACACACCUGUUCCGGGAUUGCCGGAAAGACGGACAACUGUGCUAUGCUCUGCAACUAUCAAAUCUACYGUGGAACAACUACGAAGCAUCUCUCUCAAGGAUCCAGUGUCCAUUGCCGUGGAUGCUACCGAUGGCGACGAACAAACAGGAGCGGGAGAUGAGAACAACUUCUCGGCACCUGCUCAACUGAAACAAAGCUACGCCGUGGUUCCUGCGAAACAGCGCCUUGUGACUCUGGUCGCCACACUGAAGCAGACUUUYAAGCGAAAGGGCAGUGUGAUGAAGUGUAUUGUGUUCAUCAGCUGUGCAGAUAGCGUUGAUUUCCACUUUGAACUUCUGACCCGAGGACAGAAAAAUAGGAAGACAGAUACUGAGGUCGAGGGAGAAGAAGAAGACGACACUGCCGACAUUGACAAGAUCCCAAAGGUUGGAAAAGUAAACAGAAGUAACCACAUCCAUCAGGGCAACACAAUCGCCGAGACCCGGACGCAAGGUGUGGCUUCGUCAAUAUCCGGAAAAGACAACGAAGUACAAGUCUUUCGACUCCACGGAUCCAUGCAACAAGCCACUCGUACCAGCACCCUCAAAGCUUUCAGCAUCACCACAGAACCUGCAGUACUUGUCUGUACAGACGUCGCAGCUCGUGGUCUCGACCUCCCCAACGUCGACCUAGUAGUCGAAUACGACCCUCCAUUCAGCAAAGAUGACCAUCUCCAUCGUAUCGGUCGAACAGCUCGUGCAGGACGAGACGGCCGAGCCAUGAUCUUCCUCCAGCCCGGUUGCGAGGAGGGCUAUGUUGAAAUUCUCAAAGAAAGCAAACCCCGCAACCUCACCCGCCACGAAGCCGACGAGCUUUUGAAAAAGGGCUUCGCAGCCUCAAGUGGCGUCAUCAACUCCAGAGAUUGGGAAGUCCGCGCCACAGACUACCAACUCGACAUUGAACGCUGGGCGCUCGACCACCCGAAACAUCUCGAGCAAGCACGACGAGCCUAUCAAUCUCACAUUCGAGCCUACGCCACGCACGUAUCCGCCGAAAGAUCAAUUUUCAACAUGCAGGAAUUACAACUCGGUCAUUUGGCAAAGGCUUUUGCGCUGAGAGAUCGGCCUUCGACUAUGGGUGUUCCUGGACUUCGACCGGGAGCCAAGGCUGCUGGGAAGAAUAAAGCCGCGAGGAAAGAACAUGCCGCGAGGAAUUCUUCUUCUACAAAUAAGAGUGGUGAGAAGAGGUCCCGUGAUGAAGGGGAUCAUGAGGAGGUUGAUGCUGCUGAGGCGAAGAGGAAGAUGUUUGCCAAGGUUAAGAUGAUGAGUGGGGGGGCUUCGGAGUUUAAUUUGGGGUGA